UCCCACUCUCUCCUCCCGAACUUACCAAUCACAUACCCACCCCCUCUGCCCACCAUGCCUCGUGAAGUCUCCGACAUCAAGCAGUUCAUUGAGAUCUGCCGCCGCAAGGAUGCGUCUUCUGCCCGCAUCAAGCGCAACCGCAACACCCAGCAGAUCAAGUUCAAGGUCCGCUGCUCCCGCUACGUCUACACCCUUGUCCUGAAGGACUCCGACAAGGCCGACAAGCUCAAGCAGAGCCUUCCCCCUGCUCUCAAGGUUGUCGAUGUCACCAACGGUGAGAAGAAGAAGGCUUUGUAAAUAAACUACUUAGCCCCCCCUUGACCGCACGACGCAACGCCUCUCGUCGGAAACGAUCCUCGACAUGCCAAGAGUAAGGUGAAGAAGUGGAGCUCGGAUGUGAAAAACGGACGCAAACGGCGCAUGGAAAUUUUUAUAUCACCUCUUUUCGAAGCAAACAGGAAUGGAAUUCUUGUGUCGAUUGAUAAUUGAAAGAUUGAUGGGGUUUCCGUCUUGCAUGGAAUAGCUUCUGUUUGGGUGGGGUACACGGCGGGGACCGAGUUGUCUCCCGCCUGGCCGGC